CCGAUUAUCACAGUUUCAAUUGCGAUUUAGGCCAAGCAAGUCGAUCAGAAACCAACGAAAAUGGCUCACAAACUAACCAUCCUCUGCUGUGCUCUUUUGGGAGUGGUCGCUGCCAGUUACAUUCCCCACGGAGGACACGAUCACGGACACGCAGUAGGAUACAGCAUUCAGACGCACCACGAGGCACCCAAGCAGUGGCAGGAUCACCACUCUUGGGCCCCAGUUCAGGAUCACCAUCACCAGCAGUGGGCACCAGUGGCCUCGCACGAUAGCCACCAGCAGUGGAGUCACCACGAGGAUCCCCACCACCACCCCAAGUACGAGUUCGACUACGGAGUGAAGGACACCAAGACCGGGGACAUCAAGCAGCAGUGGGAGACCCGCGAUGGCGACAAGGUCAAGGGGGGCUACACCAUGAAGGAGGCCGACGGACGCACCAGGAUCGUCGAGUACUCCGCUGAUGCCCACAACGGAUUCCAGGCCACGGUCAAGCACGUCGGACAUGCCGAUCACUACGAGCACAGCCACGGACAUGGACACGGACAUGGACAUGGUCAGGAGUACGGACAUGGACAUGGUCAUGCCACCAGCUACGCCCAUGUAAAACAGGACACCAGCAGCAAGUGGGAGGACAAGAGCAGCAAGUGGUGGUAGAUCACCCUGCGAAACUGACUGAUAAACCGAUUCGGACUUACUAAAUUUUGUAAAUACAAAAGACAAAAUUGAAAACAAUACAACUAUUGUUUUGUUUGUUUACAAUAAAUAAAGAAA